GACAAUAUUUCCAGCAGUUGCCUCUCGAGAGUCGAACGCAACAGUCAACAAAGUCCCCCACUUGAUUUGCCGCCACUGUUGCUCGCGUGUUUCUGUGCUUGUGUCUCCACUCGAUAAUCCUCAGCCGCGCCCGCACCACCGCUAUUCAAGCAUCCCAAGUGAUAUCUGUCUGUAGACAAACACCCAAAAGCCAUGUUGAAGUCUACUCUCGUUUUGUCGUGCCUUUUGCUGGCCAGCAGCAGCCUCGUUCGCGCCGAGGACCUCAAAGUGGAGGUGGUCAGCGUGCCGGAGGGCUGCGAGCAGAAGUCCAAGAGCGGAGACUCCCUAACGAUGCACUACACUGGCACCCUGCAGGCCGAUGGCAAGAAGUUCGAUUCAAGCUUUGACCGGGACCAACCGUUCACAUUCCAAUUGGGCGCCGGUCAGGUGAUUAAGGGCUGGGACCAGGGCCUGCUCAACAUGUGCGUGGGUGAAAAACGCAAGCUGACCAUCCCCCCACAAUUGGGUUAUGGCGACCAGGGAGCUGGCAAUGUGAUUCCGCCCAAGGCGACGCUUCUGUUCGACGUGGAGCUGAUCAAUAUCGGCAAUGCCCCGCCCACCACGAACGUGUUCAAGGAGAUCGACGAGAAUGCCGACAAGCAGCUGAGUCGCGAAGAGGUAAUCGAAUAUGUGAGCGAGUAUCUGAAGAAGCAAAUGACCGCCGUGGAGGGGCAGGACUCCUCCGAGCUGAAGAACAUGCUGGCCGAGAACGAUAAGCUGGUGGAGGAGAUAUUCCAGCAUGAGGACAAGGACAAGAACGGCUACAUCUCGCACGAUGAGUUCUCCGGGCCCAAGCACGACGAGCUGUAGAGAGACGCCCAGUACGAGCCUCUCAGUUUGACGGGUGCAGAGUGACAACGAAGGGACAAGAGUGCUUAAGUUAUAUACCUACCUACAAACAUAAAUCAUAAAACGUAAAAGAAAAUAGUAAUACUACACCCGAUAAUAAACAGAGUAACAAGAAGUUAAUUGCUGUACACAAAAUCAA